AAUCCUCUUUCCGAACUAAUCAUGAGAGUAUGGGUAUAUUCAGUAAGCUGACAUUCAUGUGAAGAGUUUAUUGUAUCAAGUAAUUAUUAACUUCAACGAUAAGUUACCCCAAAUUUGAAGCGGACAAAAAUAGUGUGCAUCACACUUAUUCCUUCUACGCGUGUACGUGCAGACGGUUUUCACUGCAAACCUAGAAAAAUGCCUCAGCUUACAGAAUUGGACAGCAGUGCCAAUGGGCCAGCUGACGAACCCACUGUUCAGAACUUAGGAUCAGACUCAGACACAGACGAGAGUCUGCCUGAGCUGGAGGCUGGUGCGCCAGCUGCUGGGAGCAAAGAUUCAACUGAUCCUGCUCAUCGAUCACCAACCAUGGAGAGCAAGGGAGGCAAACAGAGCCGUGCUGAAAAGAAGGCCCGCAAGAUGAUGAGCAAGCUUGGCCUAAAGCACGUCGCUGGUGUUAAUAGAGUUACGAUCCGCAAGAGUAAGAACAUCCUUUUUGUCAUCAAUAAGCCGGACGUGUACAAGAAUCCCGUCUCUGACACAUACAUCGUUUUUGGAGAAGCAAAGAUUGAGGAUAUGAGCCAGCAAGCCCAGAUGGCAGCGGCUGAGAAACUGAAGGAAAGCAGCAGCUCGGUGGCAGGUGGCGGUGGCGACCUGAGUAUCAGCACCGGCCUGCCAGGCGUGCCUGCAGCUCCUGCCAUCCCCGAAGACGACGAAGAGGAAGAUGGCGAGGUUGACUACAGUGGCCUCGAAGAAAAAGAUAUAGAACUUGUUGUGUCUCAAGCUAAUGUUUCCAGAGCCAAGGCUUGUAAGGCGCUUCGGGCCAACAAUAAUGAUAUCGUUAAUGCUAUUAUGGACCUCACCAUGUAGGUGACUUUCUUAUUUUGAUGAAGCCAUAUAGACUCUUCAGUACGCCAUAAUAAAGAUUUUUUCCAACUAAUAAACGUUAUGUCGCGUACGGGAUCCGAACAAAUUCGCUCCACAGAAAUAACGUGAUUAGAUGAACUGAAAUUAAAUACAGUCAUACCGAUAAUU